AGCCGUCCCAAACGCAACUGUAAUGGCUCAAUUGUCUUAAAAAAAACUUAAGCUGGUGGAUUGGGGCGGCACAAAUUUAUUUUGAAAGUAGCAAAAAUAAAAUAAAAUAAAAUAGUGAUCAAAAGUUGUCCCAAACCGAGCCCUAAGUUGUAAGUCGGGAGUUAUAUCUCCCAUUUUAGUGAUUAUGGGUUUGAGACUAUUUGAAUUGCAUGCUAUUUUAAGAUUAUAGUUUGAGACAAGCAAUUUUCUAGUAAAAAAACUAUUUUUAUAUUAAAAAAUUAUUUUAAGAAUCAAUAAAAUAGCUGCCCCAAAUUAAGCCUUUAUUAAAAUACUUGAGAUUUCAAAAUCUUUUUAGAACGUAUGUAAGUACGUUGCUGUUUGGUCUUUAUUAAUAACAGCCUUGAUUUACAUUGGGAAGUGAUAAUCCUUGACUACUAACAUGGUAUGUACUUAAAUUCCAAAAAGUAUAGAGUUUUUUAUUAUUUAGGAUAGGAAUUCAAAUUUAAUUGUUGUUUGUUUUUUUUUUUUGUUUUUUUUUUUUGGGGGGCAGGGAGUGUCGGCCUUCGGCCAUUAAUCUCCCUGGUCGAUCUAGCAUGCAACCCACAUCAAUUUACAGGGCCGACACUUAAGGCUGUCACGAAGCGUCGAGUGGAUUCGAACUUGGGACCUGGCCUAUGGCCAGCCAAGUCUCCACCACCGGGCCACCCCGCGCUAUCGAAGCUGUUCCGUCGUUCUCUCCGUGGAAGUGAACUCGAAACCAUUUCAACGUUCUUAGCCUUCUCUCUUUCUCUCUCUGAGUUGGUAUUCGUAGCCGGACGCCUUCUUGGUUCUCCGUUAGUCCGUUGUCUCCGGUCGAACGCAAAACGUAAAGGUUUUGGAUCAGCCGGCAGCGAAGAUGGGUGGUGGAAAGUUGAUCUCGGUUCACCCUGAAGAGCUUACCUUCGAGUUCGAGCUGGAAAAACCGGCUUAUUGCAAUCUUAAGAUUGUCAACAACACCGAGCACCAUGUCGCCUUCAAGGUCAAAACCACUUCUCCGAAGAAGUAUUUCGUGCGGCCGAAUGCCAGCGUGGUUCAGCCUUGGGAUUCAUGUACCAUAACUGUUACUCUUCAAGCUCAAAAGGAAUACCCCCCAGACAUGCAGUGCAUGGAUAAAUUUCUACUUCAGAGCACAAAAGUUCAACCAAGUAUUGAUAUUGAUGAAAUCCCUCCUGAUACGUUUAUCAAAGAUGGGGAGAAGGUGAUUGAAGAAUGCAAGCUUAGGGUGGUUUAUAUUUCCCCCCAGUCUGGUCAUCUAAAUUAUGAGGGGUUGUCAGGAAUUAGUUCAGCAUCUAUGCUUUCUAUGAGAGGUUCUGAUAUUGUCAGGAAGUCGAGCUUUGAAGAGAUUCAGGCACUGCAGCGUUUGAGAGAUGAAAGGGAAGCUAUUCUUCAGCAAAAUAAGCAAUUGCAACGAGAAUUGGAAUUGCUAAGGAGACUUAAUAUUCGCCAAAGUAAUACAGGCUUUUCUUUAACAUUUGCUGCUUUCGCUGGGCUCGUUGGACUAUUGGUUGGCUUUAUACUAAGCAUUGCGCUUUCUUCCUCAUCUACUGAGCUAAAAACUUUGUAGGUUGGCUUUACUGCAAGCUCAUAAUUAAGCUUUAUGCAUUUUAUAGCUCUUAAAAUGGUUUGUUCGUGCCUUGUUCCUUCUAUUUUCACAUUGUUUCAUUCCUUUAUCUGUUCUUGUGCUAGAGAGAUGUGCUUAGAAUUGUGGGAUUCACUGUAAUAUUAUUUUCCUUAAUUUUUGCUCUGAUUGAGCUGUGAGAGGUGAAAAGUUUGCAAUUU